AUGGCCGACACAAAAGUUCGACAGGCAGAGUGGAUUAGACCGACCCCAAUCGUGGAGGAGCCGCGUCUCAAGAUCUACAACUCGUUGACGCGCGAAAAGACCGAAUUUAUCCCUAUUCGCGGACGCCAAGUUAAAUGGUACAACUGCGGUCCUACUGUCUACGAAGCAUCCCACAUGGGCCAUGCUAGAAACUACGUUACUCAAGAUAUCCUUCGCCGUAUUCUGAGUGACUAUUUCGGUUACGAUGUAUUCUUUGUGAUGAAUAUCACCGAUAUCGAUGAUAAGAUCAUCAUCCGUUCACGACAAAAUUAUCUCCUCGAACAACUUAAGGCAAAGUCGACAUCUCUAACAACGUCAUUGAUCGCAGAAGUUCGUGAAGCAUGGCAGCAAUACCGUUCCGGCAAGCUUGCAACCGUACCAAAUCCCGCAGAAACAGCAUGGCCAGACAUUUUCCAGCAGUUCACGGCAAGAGAUCCGUGGGCUCUUCAAGCACUCCAGCAGGAUGAGAAGGUUUCGAUGCACAUGGCUGCACUACAGUCAGCAUACGCAGGGUUGGAGCAAGCCGACAAGGUUAUCAAACGGAACGACACUACGCCGUCCAAUGCCACGGAGCUGAUCGAGGCAGCUCGAGAUGUUCUGUCUCUCUACCUUGAUAAACUGCACGGUUCAUCUGUCACAGAUCCUGCAAUUCCUCGAGCACACGCAGCACACUGGGAAGACCAGUUCCUGAAAGACAUGGACCGACUCAGGGUGAUGCCGCCGGACGCAUUGACACGAGUAACCGACUACGUGCAGGAGAUCGCCAUUUUUGUGCAGCGUGUAGUUAAAAGGGGUUGGGCAUACGAGGCAGGCUCCAGCGUCUGGUUCGACACCGCCGCUUUUGACCAUGCGAAAACACAAAGGCCGGACGACUGGGAGCAUGUGUAUGCCAAGCUCGAGCCCUGGAGCAAGAACAACAAGAAACUACUAGAAGAGGGCGAAGGAUCUCUCACGUCCACUAGCGGAAAACGAUCUGCAUCCGACUUUGCUUUGUGGAAGGCUUCGAAGCCAGGUGAGCCGUCGUGGCCGUCACCGUGGGGGCCGGGUCGUCCAGGGUGGCACAUUGAGUGCUCAGUGAUGGCAAGUGAGGUCUUGGGUGAGCAGAUGGAUCUUCACUCUGGCGGAAUCGAUUUGGCGUUUCCACACCAUGACAACGAGAUGGCACAGUCUGAGGCCUAUCAUGACUGCCGUCAAUGGGUCAACUAUUUCUUGCACACGGGUCAUUUGCACAUCGAAGGUCUGAAGAUGAGCAAAUCUUUGAAAAAUUUCAUUACAAUUGAUGACGCACUUCGAGUCAACACCGCGCGCCAGCUUCGGUUGACCUUCCUAUUGCAGCCGUGGAAUGGAAAGAUGGACUAUAAGGAGGCUUUGGUUCAGGAGGCGCGCAGUGUUGAGACUGCGAUCAAUAACUUUUUCACCCUCAUCAAGGCGUUGAUCGCCGAGUCGAACGUUGCUCUUACGGCCGGAGACCGAGGUCACGGAUACCAUGAGGAGGAAAAGGAACUGGUGGCACAGCUGCAAACCGCUCAACACGAGUUCCGGGUCGCUCUGUGCGACUCGUUCAAUACCCAAGCGGCAAUGGCCACCAUUCAAGAUAUCAUCUCAAAGACGAAUAUAUAUUAUUCGAAGAAGAAGUCGGCUGCCAACAUCUCGGUUAUGCGAGUCGUGGCAUUGUGGGGGACGAAGAUGCUUAGAAUGUUUGGUCUCGGCGAGGGCAAUCAAGCGGGCCCAGGGGGAGGGAUUGGUUGGGGCGAGGCUGCAACCGGGGAGGUUGAUAAUGUGGACCGUGACUCUCUGUUGAUGCCAUACUUACGCGUUUUAUCCACAUUCCGGGAUGACGUGCGGAAAACGGCCAUCGGACACGGUACACCCAAAGACUUCCUCACAUUGUGCGACAAGUUACGAGAUGAGGACCUGGUCCCGCUCGGUGUGGCACUAGAUGAUCAAGAGGGAGAUCGAGCCCUAGUGAAACUGGUGAAUCCCGAGAUACUGAUGCGGGCACGUGAUGAAAAGGCGGCGGCUGCAGCGGAGAAGAAGCGAGCAAAGGCGGCACAACAAGAGGCCCAGCGUCAGCAACGAAUUGCGAAACUGGAGCGCGGCCGACUUGCCCCGAACGAGAUGUUCAAGCCUCCUCACGUGCCUGAAGGGACGUAUGGAUCUUGGGAUGAGGAGGGCCUGCCGUUAACGGAAGGGGAGGGACAGGAGUUGAGCAAGAAUAAGGUCAAGACGAAUAAGAAGCGGUGGGACGAGCAGAAGAAGAUGCACGAGGAAUGGAAGAAGUGGCAGGAGGAAGAGGGCGGGCGAGCGUGA